AUGGGAAGAGGCCGGAGUGAAAGUAGAUCCGUUUCUCCCCGCGACUCCAGACGGCAUCAUAAAGAUUCCCGUCACAACGACCAUCGAGACUAUGAUCGCCGCGGCAGACGACGGUCGAAGUCGCCGGAUAGAAGAGAUAGACGGAGAAGGUCACCUGAAGACUCAAAAGAGUGGUUUGAUAAAGCCUCAACAAGCAGGAGGUCGCCAGGUCCUCUGAAUCGAAGAAGAUCACCGAGUUCGAGCAGUGCAUCCAGUUCUUCAGAGGAUUUCGACAAGAAAUUGGAUGAAUUCCGAAGCAAGAAGAAAAAGGAGAUGAAGGAGAAGAAGAAGGUGAAGAAGGAGCGGGAAACUGAAGAAGAAAAGAGAGCCAGAAGGUUGGAGAAGAAGAAAAGAAAGGUAUGUAAAAUUUUAUUAUUGCUUUCAAGUUUAGACUCUGGAAUUCUGCCGAGAAUUUGACAAGUUUCGCGGCGUCCAUUUGAUUUUUUGAUGGAUAAGAUAAAUUGAUGGCAAACCUUGUUAUUUGUCAUAUUUCAUGUCUAAUGCGUUGCUUGCAGGAAGAGAAGAAGGCCGCAAAGCUGUUGCCCGAAACAAUACCGUAUACAGAUCUCAACAAUCCCUUCAACGAUCCCAACUUCUCGCAGCCGUUCGUUUGGGGCAAGAAGUUGGAAGUUGAAGGAAAACACAAUCUCUCCCGAAAGCAAAUCGAGAAAAUGCACCGAAGUCAGAUUCAAAAGAGUGUCGAAGAGAUGGAACAACUCAAGCAAAGUCGAUUGGCUCGGCAGGCGGCACGCGAAGACAUUGAAUUGAUGGCCCGAGAUGAAGAACGAAAAAAGAACUCGGAUUUUGGUGAAAUUGAAAGAAAAUUCCAUCUGCAGCAAGCUCCAUUGAGGUCGCAGAUCAGGAUAAAGGGAAAUCGAGCCAUGCCAAUUGAUUAUUUAGCAGUGUAAGAAUUGCUUUUUGUUUUUUUUUUCAUUUAGAGGAAAAAUUAUAUUAUUCAUCAGAAAAAAAUCUGUUGUAGUUCCAAAGUAAUGCUCCUAUUUUAGAUACAUCUCAUUUGGAAGUGAAAAGAAGCCAAAAGCAUUCCGAGAAUUGGAAGAUUUCGAGCUCAGAGAUCCGAAUGAAUAUAUCAAGGGGUUAAAGGAAGAUGAAUAUGAAGACCUCUUGGCAGAUGUUAGGAUCUACCGAUUAUUGGAUGAAGAGAACAAACAAAAGGAUUUCUGGGAUGAUAUUUGUACAAUUGCGACGUCAGAAUUGAAAAAGGCGAAGGCUUUGGCGAGGGAUGAAGCAGUCCAUUCAUCAGUGCAGCAAGAUGUUGUGAAGACUUUUAAGGUAAGUAUUGUAUUUUUUUAUUGAGUCUUUAGGCCGUGUGUGACACCUUGAGAGCUUGA